AUGAAUGAGGAGAGAAAUUGCUCGGAUGGUUCCGAACAUGAAACGACGUCUUUUCAAGAAAGCGAUAAAGAGGAUGCAAAAGAAAAAAGUUGUCCCAAAAUUGUUGACGAGAACAAAAGUCGAUCCUUUAUAGCAGAACUUCGAUGUAACGAUGUCACCCGUUUCAAUGCCCUUCUCAGCUUCUGUGUCGCCUUCGCGUUUUCUAUGCUGGGAUGGAGAAGUGGCCAAAAUGGACCAGCCUUUCUAGACCUUAUACGCAUUUCAGGUACAGACCUGGAAAGGGGAUCUGUUUACAGGAGUGUAUUCUUUGCUGGUAAUAUACUAGGAUCUAUAUUCGGUGGAGUGUUUUACUCGAAAGUAAACAAAUAUUUGAUGCUGAUGGUGUCCUUUACAACAAACACUCUCCUUCUUGCUCUCAUUCCUUGGUGUUUCCAUUAUGAAUCCAUGCUAACUGUUCAUGCAUUUCACGGUAUAUGCAAUGGUGUGAUGAGUGUAGUAUUGUCAGCGAUUGCAGUGGCGAUAUGGGGUGCUACAGCGCGGGGAAGAGUUUAUCUCAACAUCUUUUACGCCUCCUUCUCGGCAGCGGGACUGAUUUCACCAGUGAUUACCUCCCCUUUUCUGUUGGCGACACUAACGGACGUUCCUGUUCAUGUUACACUGCGGAAUUCUUCAAAUAUCGCCGGCAGCGAAUUCAAGAAAGAUGAUCUUAUAAAUGAACUAAACAUGUCAUCCGCAAAUUAUAAUAUUUAUUCUAACAGUACGCGGAAUGACACUCCAACAUCCAAUAUCUUCAUCGCAUAUUCUAUCUCGGCUGGCCUUUCUUUGAUUUCAACUGUUCCUUUCAUUAUUUUAUACUUUAAAGCUCCUGUGAAGAACGGUGAAGGUUCAUUUGAUAAAAAAUCCAAAUUCAUUCAGGAUCACUUACCGUUAACUUUAAAAGUACUUCAGGUAGUUAACAUUGGAAUAUUUUCCAUGUUAUAUAUGUCACUAAAUUUCACAUUAGGAGGCUAUUUGGCUACUUUCUGUGUUCAACACAUGCGGUGGACAAAGGCUUCUGGCGCGUGGCUGACAUCAGUGUUAUUUUUAGCGAUGCUCGGUGGAAGAAUAGGUGGUGCCUAUCUAUCUCUCUUCUUUAAACCUCUGAAGAUGCUUGUUCUCUCAACUGUCCUUCAUGCCGCUGGCUUAGUUGGACUUUCAUUAAGUGGCAUUUUAACCUUUGAUGUAGGAAUAUGGGUAUCUGUGUGCGUCAUAGGGAUUGCUUUGAGUCUGAUGUGGCCAAGCCUGACGAGUUGGACGAAUGAAAAUUUACUUCCGGUUCGUGGUAGGAUGGUGACAUAUCUUAUGUUAACUGGAUUCCUCGGGGCACUUUUGAGCCCUUUGCUGUUCGGUUACAUGAUGGAGGAGAUCUCCACUAUUUGGUUUUGCUUCUUGAGCCUGGCGAAAGCUGUUGGUACAAUUAUCAAUGUUAUAUUGAUGUUUGUGUAUACACAAUAUCUAAGAAGAAAACGGACAAGAUCAGAACUUUAA